AUGGAUCUUAUGGAUUUAUUUGAAGACGACGAUGACUACGAAUUAAUUCAAUUUUUAAACUAUCAUUGUCGUGUGUAUACAGUACACCCAAGAGUCGACCAUUUGUUAAAAUGGGAUGACUAUGAUUUCAGGGUGAGAUUUAGACUUGGAAAGGAUGUUGUUCCUCAAGUAUUAGAAUACAUUGAAGAUGAGAUGUCAUCACCAACUGAUAGUGUAGCGAUAGCAAAACUUCGACCAAGAUUCAUCCGUAUGCCAGAGACUGAAAGCGAAAUAAAAAAUUUACAACGCCGUUUUUAUCAAAUAGCACGGUUUCCAAGAACAAUAGGUGCAAUUGAUUGCACUCACAUAAAAAUUCAAAACCCUGGUGGUCCAAAUGGUGAAUACUUUAGACAUCGUAAAGGGUAUUUUUCUUUAAACGUUCAAACAAUUUCAUGUCCAGAUUUAAAAAUAAUGGAUGUUGUUGCACGUUGGCCAGGGUCAUGUCACGAUCAAACAAUUUUUAAGAAGUAUCUUGCUUACAAUAAAUUGGUCAGUGGUUAUUGGAAAAAUAGUCUAAUUGUAGCUGACAGUGGCUACGCUAAUUCACAAUAUGUUGUCACUUCACACUUAAAUCCUCAAAAUGCCCCUGAAGGGUUAUACAAUGAAUCUUUAAUUAGAACUAGGAAUCCAGCUGAGAGAUCAUACGGAGUUCUAAAACGAAGAUUUCCCGUCCUUUCUUUUGGAUCACGUUUAAAAAUGGAAACCACCCAAGCUAUGAUUGUUGCUUGUUGUAUUUUACAUAACUUAGCAUGUGAUCAUAAUGAUUUAGAACCACCCGAACUAUUAGGUAUGUGUAUGCCAGUUAUAGAUGACUUCAAUUUAAGAGAGGAACAUGAACCAGAAGUUGGAAAUGCGAGACAGCAGUUAACUGAAGAAUAUUUUUCAGUUUUGAUUUAA